UAUGCCGGCUAUUAUUUCUUUAGCAAAUCAUGAAUGCUUGAUAAAAGUUGUUUUUGUAUUAUAAUAUUAUGUAACAAAGUUAGCGAUAAGGGAGCUCGUGAUUUAGUCUUAAUUAUAAGUUUUGAAAGUGUAAAGUUUACUAAAAAUAAAUCAGAUUUUCUCCCAUGUCACUCAGCAGAGGUAUCCAGGUAACAGCAAACUCUACUCUGUUAUCAAAAAUGAGUCUCACAGGCAAAGUAGUGCUUUUAACCGGCGCAAGUUCUGGAAUCGGUGCUGCAACAGCUGUAUUCUUAUCAAAGUUGGGCGCUCAACUAUCACUGACUGGUAGAAACGUCGAGAACUUGAAAAAAGUUUGUCAAGAAUGUGAGGAGCCUUCCUCAAUCUUUUCUAUUCCUGCUGAUUUGACGAAAGAAAGUGAUAUUGAAAAGAUUGUAAAGAACACAAUCGAUCAUUAUGGUAAAAUCGACGUAUUGGUAAACAAUGCAGGCAUUAUUGAGACAGGCACGAUUGAAAAUACGUCUUUAGGGCAGUAUGACCGUCUGAUGAACACGAAUGUCCGUUCUAUAUAUCAUUUAACGAUGCUAGCAGUUCCACAUUUGAUCAAAACGAAAGGUAACAUCGUGAACAUAUCCAGUGUUAAUGGUAUUCGUUCUUUCCCUGGAGUUCUUGCUUACAAUGUGUCGAAAGCUGCUGUAGAUCAGUUCACAAGGUGUGUAGCCUUGGAAUUAGCACCAAAAGGUGUGAGGGUGAACUGUAUCAACCCUGGAGUCAUUCUGACUGAGUUACAAAAGCGGGGAGGUAUGACAGAAGAGCAGUAUGCAGCAUUCUUGGUGCGGACUAAGGAGACCCAUGCUCUGGGUCGCCCAGGCCAACCCGAUGAAGUAGCUGCUACUAUUGCUUUCUUGGCAAGUGACCUGGCCAGCAAUAUCACUGGAGUCAGUGUGCCUGUAGAUGGAGGCAGACAUGCUAUGUGCCCUCGAUAAACUCACUCAAAUAUAUAUACUAUAUCAAACUACCGAUGUGCCAAUACUUUUAAGGUUUUAAAUGCAUUUACAAAACAAAAAUUCAUUUUUCUGUUCUUUUUAUGAUUGAUUUGAUCAAUUUUU